GGCGCGCGUUCUUGACGGACGCCAAGGCCCGGGGAAGAUGGCGGCGUUGGCGCGGCGUGUUGGAUUAGCCACGCGACCGUUGCUGCCAGUGGUCCAGACCUGGGACCUCGAGGCGCGGCGCUGGGUCCGAGCGCUGCGGCGGAGCCCGGUGAAAGUGGUGUUUCCCUCCGGACAGGUGGUGGAACGGAAGCGCGCUCCUGAGAAGCCACCCCGCAAGGCGGCCUCCGAGGCCAGUCCCCGUGAGCAGCAGCAGAAACAGACGCUUCAGGUGCCCCCAUCCCAGACGCCCAGCACCUGGGAAGACUCUGGGCUUCGCUACGAUAAGGCCUUUCCAGGGGAUAGGAGGCUGAGUAGUGUCAUGACAAUAGUUAAGUCCAGGCCAUUUCGGGAAAAGCAAGGGAAGAUCCUGCUGGAAGGUCGCCGGCUCAUUGCAGACGCUCUCCAGGCUGGAGCUGUGCCAAAAGUUUUCUUCUUUAGUCGUCUGGAAUACAUAAAGGAACUGCCAGUCGAUAAGCUGAAAGGUGUCAGCCUGAUUAAGGUGAAGUUUGAGGAUAUCAAGGAUUGGUCCGACCUAGUAGCGCCACAAGGAAUAAUGGGGAUAUUUGCCAAACCUGACCAUGUUAAGAUGACAUAUCCAAAGACACAGCUUCACCAUUCACUGCCCAUAUUGUUGAUUUGUGACAAUCUCCGUGACCCUGGGAACCUGGGGACAAUUCUGAGAUCUGCUGCUGGGGCAGGUUGCAGCAAAGUAUUACUCACCAAAGGCUGUGUGGAUGCCUGGGAGCCAAAAGUGUUACGGGCAGGUAUGGGUGCACAUUUCCAGGUGCCCAUUAUCAAUAAUCUGGAAUGGGAAACAGUGCCGAAUUACCUGCCCCCAGACACCCGGGUCUACGUGGCUGACAACUGUGGCCUUUAUGCUCAGGCCCAAAUGUCUGACAAAGCCAGUGAUCGUGGCUCAGUGUGUGAUCGGCGAUACCUGAAGUUUCACAGGUAUGAGGAGGAGGAAGAUCUAGAAACUGGAGCCAAGAAAAGCUGGCUCCCUAAACUUGAAGUUCAGAGUUACGACAUGGACUGGACAGAGGCACCAGCAGCUGUGGUGAUUGGUGGUGAGACUUAUGGUGUGAGCCUAGAGUCCCUGCAGUUGGCUGAAAGCACGGGGGGCAAGAGGCUGCUCAUCCCCGUUGUACCUGGUGUAGAUAGCCUGAACUCAGCCAUGGCUGCCAGCAUCCUGCUUUUUGAAGGGAAAAGACAACUACGGUUAAGGGUGGAACACUUGAGCAGGAACAGGAGUUAACUGCUGAGAGGGAAACACAGAAAUGAAUUCUUGGUUGAAUGGAUGUCUCCUUCUCCAGCACAUUGUUAGGAAGCUGGCAGUGCCUUCCUAAGCUAUGUUCAGGAGGCAAGAAGAAGGUUGUCAGAAAAAUAAAAAUUCCCAUGAAUUUCUGCUAUUCUUCAAAUAUAACAUAGCCAGGCGUUGUGGCGAGCACCUGUGGUCCCAGCUACUUGGGAGGCUGAGGCAAGAGAAUCACCUAAACCCAGGAGGUGGAGGUUGCUGUGAGCUGUGAUGCCAUGGCACUCUACCAAGGGCAAUAAAGUGAGACUCUGUCUCUAAAAAAAUAAAUAAAAGAAGUCAAAAUUCUUCCUGAGAUCUUCCAUCUGUUUGCCAAUUUUGAUGUUCUUUUUUUUAAAAAAAAAUGAUAACAAAUAAAUGAGAUCCCUGUGGCUCUCUCUAUAUUUUUUAAAGGUCUGCUAAGAGCACUCUGUGCCCAGAAAGUUCUCAAGGUGUUUGUCUUGGGUGGGGAGGAAUUCCCUCCACCAGUUGGUGGGUAUUUUGUUGUCAUCAAGCACUAGUUAUAGGUCACGGCCAAGUUAUGUCUGACUAAUUGGUCAG